AUGUCAGGCUCCUAUGUCUACGGCGCAGGCGUCCCAAGCACCUACAAAACACCCAAAUUCCCGGCCUUGUACUGGCCCGUACGCGCUGAACCAGGCGAGGCACAAUACCUCUACUAUCUGGGCGACAUCUACCGAUACACGCUAUUUUGGACAACUAUCACCAUCGUGUCGGCGCACCUCUGUGUUGCGUGUUGGGCGGUCCUAAUGCAAUUCAGCUCCGCAACGCAGAGAAGGCAAUAUCUUGCUUCGCCUGCUGGGAGGAAAAUGAGUGCAAAGAACAGGAAGUUGUUGGGGGACAAUCCGAUCGGCGAAACACUGGGUUGGGUAUGGAUUGUUCCGCUGGUGUAUGUUAUUCUCGGUGGCUUAGAGGCGUUGCUUGCAGGCACCAUGGUUGGGUUGGUGCUUGGGGCGGUCUACAACGCUGGUUAUUUUGCUAUGAGUACAUGGACGCCGCUUCUGUGGGGAGUCAUUAAUAUGCUGGUUUUGGUGGUGAGCAGCUUCAGGAUACAGGGUGGAUUAUGA